CUGGGUGUGCAGCCGGCGGCCGGGCCGAUGGGCGGUUGAGGUGGGGACAGCCUCCGGGUCCUCCCUGAGGCGGCGAGGCUGCGGAGGGAGCAGGGAGGAGGGUGGGAGCGCGCGGGGACGGACUCGGGACGCCCCUCGCCGCGCCGCGCUGGCCCGCGCCGCUAUGGCCCAUGUUGGCUCUCGCAAGCGUUCGAGAAGUCGCAGCCGGUCCCGGGGUCGAAGGUCGGAAAAGAGAAGGAAGAAGAGCAGUAAGGACGCCUCGAGGAACUGCUCGGCCUCUGGAUCCCAAGGUCGAAAGGCCAGCACCGCCUCGGGGACUGAGGCCUCACCUUCUCCCUGCAUCACAGAGAGAAGCAAGCAAAAGGCCCGGAGGAGACCACGAUCCAGCUCCUCCUCCUCUUCUUCCAGUUCUUCUAGCUCCUCUUCUUCCUCCUCGUCCUCCUCUUCUUCCUCCAGUGAUGGUCGGAAGAAGCGAGGGAAGCACAAGGACAAGAAGAGGAAGAAAAAAAAAAGGAAAAAGAAGCUGAAGAAGAGGGGCAAAGAGAAGGUGAAGGUGCAGCAGGCCGAAGCUCUGCCUGGCCCCUCGCUGGACCAGUGGCACAGAUCCACUGGGGCAGAUGAUGAUGGCCCAGUCCUGACGGACGAGCAGAAGUCCCGCAUUCAGGCCAUGAAGCCUAUGACCAAGGAGGAGUGGGAUGCCCGGCAGAGUGUCAUCCGAAAAGUGGUGGACCCUGAGACCGGCCGCACCAGGCUCAUUAAGGGAGAUGGCGAGGUCUUGGAGGAGAUCGUGACCAAAGAGCGGCACAGAGAAAUCAAUAAGCAAGCCACCCGAGGGGAUGGCCUAGCCUUCCAGAUGCGAGCCGGGUUGCUCCCCUGAGGGCCCCUGGCUGGUUGACGCUGCGGACGUUGGUGGCAUGGCCUGGAGGUUGGCCUCAGGUGCUGAUGGCCUUUCCCCCUGUGGAGCCAGCCCAGCCUCCUCAGGAGCAAGGUUGGAGGUGAGGCUCAGGGCCUCUUGGGACCCCCACCUGAAAGAGCGAGUGCGGUGCAGCAGAUAUUAAAUGUUCUCUGGUCCUAG